CAAUUUAAUAACCAAUUCAUAUAUGUUUUGAUGAUCAUGAAACAAUAAUCAAGUUCUAUUUCCCUCGUGGUAGUUGCUUUACUCUUCCUCCACAACGCGAAUAGCAUAGCUCAAACCCAAUUUGUCAAAUUCAAAUGGACUCAGAUCGUUCUUCUCAGUGGAUUCAAUUCCAACCUUUAGUUGCUAUCUCCGUCGCUUUCUUAAUCGCAUUCAGAGCUCAUAGAAAAAAUUCCCUCAACACUUCUGGUGCCCUUGCUGGUUUCUUUGUUAUGGCCCUUCACAUUUUUGUUGGAUUCAGGUUUGCGGCGAUGCUACUUGCUUUCUUUUUCACUUCGUCUACUCUUACAAAGAAGGGGCAAGAUAUGAAGCGGUUAAUUGAUCCUGAGUUCAAACAAGGUGGACAAAGAAACUGGAUACAAGUUCUGUCCAAUAGUGGCAUUGCCUCUGUUCUGGUUGUAGCGAUAUGGGUAUUAACAGAAGGGAAUGAUAAGUGCUUGAACUCUAAAGACUCAGCUCUGAUCACCUCUCUCAUUGGUGGCAUUAUCGGCCAUUAUUCGUGCUGCAAUGGAGACACUUGGUCUUCAGAGCUUGGAGUUCUCAGUGAUGAGCGGCCUCGUCUAAUCACAACCUUCAAGCCUGUGAGGAAGGGUACAAAUGGUGGUGUGACAAAAACGGGACUUCUAGCAGCUGCAGCCGGUGGAAGUGUCAUUGGACUGUCAUAUGUUCUUCUAGAAUUUUCGACAAUCACGUGUGGAUCUGAUAGAGUUCUCAAGCAACUACUUGUCAUACCGAUUUCUACCAUGGCAGGACUUUUUGGAAGUAUUAUUGACUCUAUAUUGGGUGCAACAUUGCAAUUUAGUGGAUUUUGCUCUAUUCGCCAGAAGGUUGUUGGAAAGCCAGGACCAACCAUUAAAAAGAUUUCAGGUCUCAGUAUUCUUGACAAUAAUGCAGUAAACUUUGUGUCUGUACUAUUGACCACAAUUUCAACUUCAAUCGCAUGUUUGUACAUAUUCUAAUUUUGUCACAACCAGCUGUUCUGUCGCAGAAAAUGUGUUCCAGGAUUCAAAAUUUGUAAUCCAAUUGUUUUGGAAUUGUACAUUACACCACCAUUAGAAUGACAUUUUUGGGAUGAUAAUAAUAUUAUAUACCUUCUUCUUGUUAACAGAAACAUGAAGAGGAUUAUGAUGCAUGGCAUUUUUGGGAUAUAUCACUAUGGUCAAUCCCAAAAAGUGUUGUGCUACCCUAAAAUGAUUUUGUUGUCAGUAAAUCUUGUAAUUCAAUCUUAAUUAAAAUUCAUUAGUCACUUAAUUAUGCA